CAGUCUGAUCACCCAGCGCUGAACAGUCGGUAUCUCCUCUAUGAAGCCCAGCAAGCACAUUACUAUGCACUUGUGUCUGUAGUGACCCCAAUGCCCGCCACCACCACAGGAAUGAAGCAUCAUAUCAGGAUCUUGCAUGAAGGUGCUGAUGCCGCCGUCGUGCUGUGGGGCUCACCUCCCCUAUAG